CACCCUUUUUGCCUUCAGUCCUUCUGGAAUGUGGUCUCCAAGAACUUCUUCAGAAUUGAAAAAGAUUCCCCACUCCUGCUAUAAGAACUGCCUCACAUGUUGCACAACUUCAUGUUUUACCUCUAGCUUUCAAAAUCAUCAGCAUCAUAGUAGAGUGACAAAAAUGACAGAGUUCUGGCUGAUUUCUGCUCCUGGAGAGAAAACGUGCCAGCAGACAUGGGAGAAGUUAUGCGCUGCUACUAUAAAAAAUAACAACCUCUCCACCAAUGCCAAAUUUAACAUUCCAGAUUUAAAGGUUGGCACCCUUGAUGUUUUAGUGGGCCUGUCUGAUGAACUAGCCAAACUGGAUUCGUUUGUGGAAGGUGUUGUCAAGAAGGUGGCACAGUAUAUGGCUGAUGUGCUCGAGGACAGUAGAGAUAAGGUUCAGGAAAACCUUCUGGCCAAUGGAGUGGAUUUAGUCACCUAUAUAACAAGGUUCCAGUGGGAUAUGGCAAAGUAUCCAAUCAAGCAGUCUCUGAAGAAUAUUUCAGAAAUAAUUGCCAAGGGAGUUACUCAGAUUGACAAUGAUCUAAAGGCGAGAGCAUCAGCAUACAAUAGCCUGAAAGGGAACCUUCAGAACUUGGAAAGGAAGAACGCGGGAAGUUUGCUAACGAGAAGUCUGGCAGAAAUUGUAAAGAAAGACGACUUUGUACUUGAUUCUGAAUAUCUGAUUACUUUGUUAGUGGUUGUACCAAAGGUAAGUUACAAUGAUUGGAUGAAGCAGUAUGAAACUUUAACAGAUAUGAUCGUCCCAAGAUCAAGCAAUGUUCUCUCUGAGGACCAGGACAGUUACCUCUGUAAUGUCACCUUGUUCAGGAAGGUAGUGGAUGAGUUCAGAUACAAAGCCAGGGAAAACAAAUUUAUGGUCCGUGACUUUCAGUAUAAUGAAGAAGAGAUGAAGGCAGACAAAGAAGAAAUGAACAGGCUGUCUACUGAUAAGAAGAAACAGUUUGGGCCUCUAGUCCGAUGGCUGAAAGUGAAUUUCAGUGAAGCAUUCAUUGCGUGGAUUCAUGUGAAAGCCCUAAGAGUCUUUGUUGAAUCUGUUUUAAGGUAUGGUUUGCCAGUUAACUUUCAGGCUAUGCUCCUUCAACCCAACAAGAGAACCAUGAAAAAAUUAAGAGAAGUUCUCUAUGAUUUGUACAAACACCUUGACAGCAGUGCAGCAGCGAUCAUUGAUGCAACUAUGGACAUUCCAGGCUUGAACCUCAGUCAGCAGGAAUACUACCCCUAUGUGUACUACAAGAUAGACUGCAACUUGCUCGAAUUCAAGUAGAUUAUUUCUGACCAUGACCCUCUUCACAUUGUGUUGGUGUACAAGCAGGAAUGUUUGAAGAACAAUGAUGCUCCUUCUAACUCAUGUAAACCUGUGCUUGCUUCUUUCUCCCUUUGCAUAGGAGAAUCAUUCCUGUAGUAGUUCAUCUAUCGACAUUUUCUUUUUUAAAGAGAAAUGUCAGUAUUGCUUUUAAAUGAUCAGGUCUGUAAAUGUAUAUUGGGAGAAUCAGAGUGUAUUUAUAAAUAGUCCUUUAUUUAAAAUGUUAAAGAAAGAAUGGUCAUUCCGCUUUCAUACCAUGAUCUGUCUGUAUCAAUUCCCUUGACCUAGCCUCCAGGAAGAACUUGUUUACAAAAGAAGAUUGUGGGGAAAAACCUAUGCCAUUUUGUUCACUGUGUUUCAUAGAUAUAUUGUAAACAUUGUUAUUGAACUGUGAUGUAAAAUAUGUGGAGACUGAUAUUCAGUCGGUGCUUUCUGAAUGUUUUAAAUUUAAGCACUGGAAACAUUCACAGGAGAAAAUAAAAGCACCAGUACAACUGUA